AUGAAUUUCGCCACCAUUGGGCGACCUUUAGGGUGCCUAAAGGCAGUAAUGAGACAAACGAGGCAACAGCGGACAUGGCAGAGGUCGCUCGCAACUGCUGCUGCGCCUGAGACCCCUAACAGCACCAAGCCGCUGCUCACAUCUCGCCAGCGCGCUCGCGAGGAGAGACUCGCUCGAUUCCAAGUGUACCCCGAAUUGCCGACCGUUCGAACCAACUUCAAAGACCCUAUGCCUGUGCUGCGCCAGGCGCAAAUCACAAUGCUCGAUCCCACCGGCGCGCGAACCCGCCUAUUCGCAAAAGACCAGGCCGAUGCUGCGAAGCCAGGCGAUGUGCUCAUGGUUAGCACAAAGACCGGAGAGCCGUUCUCGGGUGUCCUGAUUGAAAUCCGCCGCCGCGGCGUGGACACGGCCGUUCUGCUGCGUGGCCAGAUGAUGAAGAUGAGCGUCGAAUCAUGGUUCAAGGUCUACAGUCCUACGGUUACAGCCAUCAAUAUUAUUUGGAGACGGCCGAAGAGAGCCAGGAGAGCCAGGCUCACGUACAUGCGCAAGCCGGAGCACGACAAGGGCAGUGUUGACAAUCUGGUUGCGGCAUGGAAGAAGGAGCGCUCUACUCUGCGCUCCAAGUCUGGAUCUGGUGGUGUCAAACAGCAAAAGGUCAAGGGCAAAUUUUAG